ACAAAGAGACGGAAAAAAACAAAGAUUGGGGGAGAAGCAGAACCGCCUCCGCCUUCUCUUCCGAACGUUCUCUCUCAAUCCAUAAAUAUCGUCUCCGGGAAGAAUCUCAGUACGGAACAAACAUCUCCUUAUCGUCUUUUAAAACAUUCGUACACACACACUCACAAUGAGUGACCGUAAGAAACGAAAAUCCAACCACAACAACAACGACAACAACGACAACAAAAACCAAAGGAGGCGACUUCCCAAUGGCCACACCGAAACCACCAACAAAGACGACCUCGUUAUCUACAGAAUCCUAUGCCCUGUCGGAAUCAUCGGCGGCGUCAUAGGCAAAGCUGGCAAAGUCAUAAACGCCAUCAGGGACACCACCAAAGCCAAGAUCAAAGUCUUCGACCAGUUACCUGGCUGCACCCAGAGAGUCAUCACAAUCUACUCCUCCGUUAAAGAGAAACUCGAUGUAACAACAGAGACCGAAACAACAGAGCCUCUGUGCUGCGCUCAAGACGCUCUUCUCAGAGUCCACGAUACGAUCGCGAGCUGUGUAGAUAGUAGUAGUGCUGGAGAGAAUAAGAAGAAGAAUGGUGAGUGUCGUCUUUUAGUUCCGUCUAGCCAAGCUUCUGGUCUGAUUGGUAAAGCCGGUUCGGUUAUUAAGAGCAUUAGGAGAAGGACGAAAGCUAGUGUUGAGGUUGAUUCUAAAGAUGCUUCGGAUCCUUCCCAUGCUUGUGCUUUGGAUUUUGACAAUGUCGUUCUGAUAUCUGGUGAGACUGAAUCUGUGAAGAAGGCUCUUUACGCUGUUUCUGCUACCAUGUACAAGACUAACCCUCGAGAACAGAUUCCUCUUGAUUCAACACCCGUCCAAGAAUCUCCAUCUACUGUUGUGAUUCCCUCGGAGAUUUCUAGUUAUGUCUACCAUGAUCACAGGGCAUCGUUUGUCAAUGCAUCUGACCUUCAGGGUUAUGCAGAAACCACUGCUAAUAUUCCCAUGCGUGUGACCAGUCCUGUGUCUUCUGGAUCGAAGGAGCUGGUUUUGAAAGUGUUAUGCCCUGUGUCCAGUAUCGGCCGUGUCAUUGGUAAAGAAGGAUCGACCAUUAACGGAAUGAGAGACGCGAGCGGUUCUCGUAUUGAGGUUAAUAAACCAAAGCAUGGUGAUGAUGAGUUUGUUAUCCUUGUCACCGCUACAGAGUCUCCUGAUGAUAUGAAGUCUAUGGCUGUUGAAGCUAUUCUUCUUCUUCAAGAGAAGAUCAACGACGAGGAUGAGGAGACAGUUAAGAUGCAACUUCUUGUUCCUUCCAAGGUUGUUGGAUGCGUCAUAGGGAAAAGCGGCUCUGUCAUAACCCAAAUCAGGAAAAGAACCAACGCCAGUAUCCGUAUCUCCAAAGGGAAUAACAGCGAUGAUCUUGUUGAGGUAUCCGGUGAAGUCAGCAGUGUGAGAGAUGCUCUCAUUCAGAUUGUUCUAAGGCUUCGAGAAGAUGUUUUAGGAGAUAGAGGAGGCAGUGUCUCUGCUAGGAAUCCUCCUGCGAGAUCUGAUCACUCCGGUUUUACACUUCCUCUUUUUGUAUCUUCUGUUCCAGAUUUUGAUCAGAGGCGAGAGACAGGGGAAAUCAGCUUGGGAAUGGUUUCUUCAGACAGAUUCUAUGGUUAUGAAAGCUUCCCGGUAAGGUCACAUAUUGAGCCAAGAGAUCAUGGUUUGGGGUCAGUCGGUCCAUACUCAUAUGGAGGAUUGUAUCAAUCUUCUGCCUUGGAGAUUCUUGUCCCGGCGAAUGCAGUGAGUAAAGUUAUCGGCAAAGAAGGAGGCAACCUGGAGAACAUAAGAAGGAUAUCAGGAGCAAUGGUAGAAGUUUCAGAUUCCAAAACUUCACACGGUGAUCGCAUUGCUCUCGUAUCGGGAACACCUGAACAGAUGCGUAGUGCAGAGAACUUGUUCCAAGCUUUUAUUAUGUCCACUUGAAACCAGUCUCUGUCUCUAGCUUCUUCUUGGCGAGUUCUUUCUCACCUAGGUUCAGUGUAACUGUAAUGAGAAGUUGUUUAAUAAUAACAACCCGGAAUAAAAUGAUAUUCCGGUUUUUAGCGAUCAUGUGUCUAUGAGCCGUGUACGGUGUACCGUAACGUUGCUUGUUAUUAAAAUUCUUGGAAAUAACAUGCAGAAGACCCUUUUAUUGUUUA